UUUCAGUUCAUAACAGACAGCUGCUGCGAAAGAGGGGAAGUAACAAAAAAAUUAAAAACAACAACUGAAGCCAACAACAACAACAACAAUAAGAAGCCCAGAAAAAACCUAUACAUUAAUCCAACAUAAACAUCAAAAACAAUGGAAGAAACUGAGAAAAUGACGGCUUUGAAGAAGGCAUAUGCGGAGAUAAUAUUAAACACAGCGAAAGAGGCGGCUGGUAGGAUAAUGGCAUCAGAAAGAAAAGCACAUCAGUUUCAUCACGAUCUUUCUUCAACUAAAGAUGAAGCUCUUCGUCUUUUGCUUCGUCUUAAACAAACUAUGGAUGUUAAAGUUAAUGAAGCAGAGAUGAAAUCCCUAAACCAACAAAGAAGAAUCGAGGAGUUAGAAGCUCAGCUCCAAGAAGCUGAGGAUAUAGUAAGUAAUCUUAGAGCAGAGCUAAAUGAGGCGCAUAUGAAAGUGGAAGAAUUGGCAAAUAACCAAACAAACUAUGCACCGAAUAUGACUGAAAAGGCCCAUUGUGAGGAAAGAACCAAACAGUCUGAGAAUGGACUGUCUAGAAUUGUUUUAGAUGCACAAACAAAUUUGUUAAACCAAUCAGAAAACGGGCACUAUGUUGCAAACAAUUCUAUAGAGGAAUUGGGAAAUUCUGGUGAUCCAGUUGUUCCCUCAAUAAUUAUGAGAAGCAAAAAACCUGAGUUAUAUAGAAAUGGGUGCACACAAAGAGUACGUGCAUAUGAAGGAAACGUUGUAAAUGGUCAUUUUUCUCUGUCUGGAGAGUUAGAUGAACUAAAGUAUGAGAAAUCCACAAGAGAUAAACGAGGUGAGGGGAUAUCCAUGACACUUGUAGGUGCUGAUGCUACAUCAAAACCUUUUGACAUUGAAAAUGAAGACAAUGUGGACAAAAUUAGCAAUCCACUACCUCUCAAAUCAUUUCGAAAGAGAAGGAAAAGAGCUGCUAGAUACAGAAGAAGUAAUACUUCCACACUUAAGCCUAUUCCUCUUAUGGCAAAGGAGGCAGUUUCUGAUCUUCCAAACACUCAAACAUGUGUACCUGGUUCUCAUGACCUCCCGGAGAGCAGUGAGAUUAAAGGUAAAUGUACACACACAAACCCACCUUCAACAGCACCACCUAGCGUUUCUGAAUUGGGUGUAUUAUCAGCACUUGUAACUCCCCAAGGUGAUGAAACUGAGGCUCGUAUGGUUGCGGUGAAUGAAGAUACAGAAGUAGCUAGUAGUUUGGUUUUGAUCAGGCAGCAAAGUGGUUCUGGGGAUUGCUUAGAUGUUUCGAGUUCAAAACAAGAUCUUGAGACGAAUAAUUCUUCCUCGGUUUAUCCAGAUUCGAAAGUGCUGGAUGCAGGUGGUAUCUCUAGUCCACCACUUAAAGAUAGGGUUCUUAAGUAUACUUUCCAGAGGAAGCGGAAGAAGGAAUCAGUAAGUGGUGAUGAUAGCAGCUUGCUCGAGGAAAACCCCUUGAAAAGAAAAAUGGUGAAGAAACAGAAUGGCAAUCUUGAAGCCCCAAAAUCUGGCACAGUGACUGAAUCAUCGCGAGAUAGUCGGAGGAUGGCACAGGUGGCACGUCAGCUCAUUUCGCUAUCUGAGAAGAAGUGGUGGAAGUAGAAAACAAGUUUGUUGCUUGCUGUGCAAGAACUGGCCUACAAAAUCAAAACCGAAGCAUACGCAAAUGAAGAAGAUGUUCACAUCAUGUUGAUGUUGUGCAAAUUGCACCUUAUUUAACAGCUCAAAAGCUGCUUCUAUAAAGGGAGAGGGAGAGGGAGUUAAUUAUGUUCCCGGCGUCACAAUAAUAAAGUCAUAUUCUUGUUUAUCAUAGCAUUUUCCCUAAAAUCUUAAUGUUUUUAACACCCAGUUAAUAUAUAGUGAAUGAUUUUAUUAUGAGAUAUAGAGUAUUACAGUUUAACUUC